CCGCGCGCCGGCAGGAAGUUCUGCGCAGACGCGGAAGACGCGCUCCGUGGUGUGACAGUGCGCAUCAAACGGAUCAAAGCUGCGGCAGAACCCGGACAGAACUCUUAGAACCCACGGAACCAGGCUGGACAGCAGCGCGUUAGGGCGAAAGAGGAAAGUGCGCGCGCAGCUGCAGGUGCGGGACUCGGCAGGGACCAUGGUGGGCGAGCGCCGCAGCGGAACCCUGCUGGUGCAGCUCGGCCCGAGGCUGCAGGCGUACCCCGAGGAGCUGAUCCGCCAGCGCCGCACCCACGACGGCCAGACCGAGUACCUGAUUCGCUGGUGCCUCGUCACCGUCGACGACGGCUCCGGCUGCGGGGGCGGGGCCGGCGAGACGGGCGGAGCGGGCGGCGGCGGGUCGGGCGGCGGCGGGUCGGGCGGGUCGUCGUCCGGAGAACCCAAACCGGAGAACGUCCUGAUGUGGAUGACGACGGAGGACGUGUACGCCAACUGCCCCGUGCUGCUGGGGAAGAGGAAGGCGGACGCCCAGCGCCCCCCCCAGCCGCAGGAGGCGCGGCGGGGCGGCGAGGAGGAGGGCGGGGCCCCGCGGGGCGGCGCCGCCGACUUCCCGCCGGACGUGACCUUCGACGAGGUGGAGCUGUCCGACAUGAAGCAGGACGUGAAGAACCUGGUGUGCCGCGCCCGCAAGCAGAUGGCGAAGAAGAGCGACUUCUCCAUCAACAUCAUGCACACCAUCCACGUGCUGAGCGCCUACGCCAGCAUCGGCUCGCUGGUCGGCGUCUUCAAGGAGACCGGCGCCCUCAACCUGCUCAUGGAGCUGCUCUGCAACAAGGAGACGCAGACCAGGCGCAGCGCCGGCAAGAUGCUGCGGGCCCUCGCCUCGCACGACGCAGGCAGCCGGGCCUACGUGCUGCUGUCCCUCAGCCAGCAGGACGGCAUCGAGCAGCACAUGGACUUUGACAACCGCUUCACGCUGCUGGAGCUGUUCGCUGAGACCACCUCCUCCGAGGAGCACGGCAUCUCCUUCGAGGGCAUCCACCUGCCUCAGAUCCCUGGGAAGCUGCUCUUCUCUCUGGUGAAGCGCUACCUGUGCGUCACGUCGCUGAUGGACAAGCUGAACACAGCGGGGGCGGAGUCAGACCGGCCGGAGGGAAGCCCCGCCCCCGCGUCCUCUGGCUCCGCCCACCAGGCGGAGCUCCUCCGCAUCCAGAGGGAGUUCGACUUCACCAUGGCCAUGGGCAACCUGAUCUCAGAGCUGGUGCGGGUCAUGGGCUGGGACCGGAACCGGAAGCCCCCCGAGGGUCUGGCCCAGCACCUGGAGGGGGGCGGCUCCUGCGGGGAGGAGCCUGCCGAGGAGGCGUGUCGCCCGGUCCUCAGGUCCAUCUUCCAGCCCCGGUUCUGCACCUCCUCCGCCGCCAUGUCCGGCGGCUCCCCGGCCCCGGCGCCGGCCGCCACGCCGACGAAGAAGGCGGGGAACGGCUUCAAGGCGCGGUCGGACUUCAGCAGCCGCUCGGCCUACGUGGAGUACGUGCAGGACAACCUGAAGAGCGGCAUGGCGGUGCGCAUGCUGGAGGACUACGAGGAGGUGAGCGCCGGGGACGAGGGCGAGUUCCGCUACAGCAACGACGGCUCGCCGCCCGUUCAGGUGUACUGGAACUCGCUGUCCAGAACCUACUGGGUCCACUGGCACAUGGUGGAGAUCCUGGGCAGCGGCAGCAGCAGCCAGUCUGAGAAGGAGACGCAGGAGAAGGCCUCCUCUCUGGCAGAGACCCUGAAGCUCACCUCAGUCAGCCAGACCUUCUUCUCCAAGCCUCCCGGCGGCCUCUACUCGCUGCCCUACCUGACGGAGGCGCUGCGGGCGGAGCCGGCGGCGCUGAGCAGGGCCGAGUGGUGGGAGGUGCUGUUCUUCAUCAAGAAGCUGGAGCCCCAGCAGCAGCGGGAGGCGACCGGCCUCCUGCAGCAGAGCCUGGACGAGCAGGAGGCGGAGCCGGACGACGGCGCCCUCAUCGGCCUGUCCGUCCCGCCGGACGCCGCCAAGAAGCUGCUGCACUUCCUGAAGCAGAAGCUGCCGUCGUCCUGCCUCAGCGACCUCCUCUGCUCCCACGCCUUCUCCAAGCACUACCUGAGGCGAGGAGGCGGCAGCCUGGAGGACGAGGAGCUGCUGGCCGACAGCUCUCUGGGACCGGCCGCUCCCGCAGGAGCGACGCAGAGCUGCGCCUCCUCGUCUCCGGCCGCCGCCUCCUCCGUCUCCAAGAAAGCCAAGAAGGAGCUUCCUGCGGACCCGGCGGGCUCGGAGGCGGACGGCGAGCUGCCCGGCGAGGACGACAGCCGAUACCCGGAGGACCUGGAGGAGAAGAUGAAGGCGUUCAACAACCCGCGGCUGCAGGGGAAGAAGAGCGUGCUGGAGAAGCUGGGCGAGGUGGUGGACACCCUGAAGAAGGGCGGCGCCGCCGAAGACCCCGCCCAGCAGCUGGCCGCCCUCCUCUUCCUCACCCGGCUGCUGGAGGAGAAGAACGCUCAGGAGAAGAACUCGGCGCGGAGCGACGGCGCCCAGAGCGUGCGGGACAAGGUGCUGAAGCUGCUGGUGGAGCUGCUGGGCUCGUCCUGCAGGGACGUGGUUCUGAGCGCGCUCAGACUCACCCACCUGCUCAUGCUCAGGUACGAGUGGCGGGUGUGCUUCGCCACAGAGGGCGGAGUCAAAGCCGUGCUGUCCUGCAUGCAGGAGUUCUCCACGGCGCCGCAGGUGCUGCAGCUGGCUCUGGCGACUCUGAAGGUCAUCACGGGCGCCAGCAAACACGACCUGCGCAGCGUGGGCAGCAGCCCGCCGCUGUCCGAGGCGGGGACCCAGAUGAUCCUGGAGAUCUUCGCCAGCAUCGGCUCCGCCACGCCCCAAGGCUCCACGGGCCUGCUGAGCGCCAUUCCCUCCGCCGUCGACCUCAUGCUCACCACCAAAGGCGGCGUGCCGUCGGUGCGUAACGGGCUGCUGGUCGUCAUCAUGCUCAUCGCCAACCACAAGAGCCUGGCGGAGCAGCUGGUGGCCUGCGGCGUCACCGCCGUCCUCAAGAAGUGUCUGAGCCUGUCGCGCGCCGAGACGAUGCUCGCCAUCAUCGCCCUCAACCACAUCUCCAUGGUGCACAAGCUGGAGAGCAAAGAGUGUCAGGAACAGCUGGACUUCAAGGACACGGAGCUGCAGAUGCUGGUGGUGAGCCUGAAGGAGCUGACGGUGACCAAAGAGGUCAUCCAGACUCUGGAGCAGCUGCUGUGUGACGACACGUCUCAGCUGGAGGAGGAGCGCAGACAGGUAACUCACAGCCGGGACACCUACCAGGACCUGGUGCGCCUGAUGGAGCAGCACCGAGCCGACCGGGCGGUCCAGCUCUCCAUCCUCAGGAUUCUCAACAAGUUCCUGGACAACUACGAGGAGGACAUGCUGCCGUGGCACGAGAGCAUCGAGCCGUGUCUGUCCGCCAUGGCGGCGUUCAUCAGCGACAGAGAGGUGGUGCAGCUCUUCAUCCGCUUCCUGUACCGCCUGGCGUCCCUCAACAAGGACUACGCCGUGGUCAUGUGCCGCCUGGGGACCAAAGAGGCUCUGGUGAAGGCUCUGGACAAACACAGCACCAACCUGCUGCUGGUCACCGAGCUCCGGGACCUCAUCAGCGACUGUGAGAAGUACGCCAGCCUCUACAAGAAGAUGACCACCAGCGUGCUGGCAGGAUGCAUCCAGAUGGUGCUGGGUCAGAUUGAGGAGCACCGCCGCAGCCACCAGCCAAUCAACAUCCCCUUCUUUGACGUCUUCCUGAGGAACCUGUGCCAAGGCUCCAGCGUGGAGCUGAAGGAGGAUAAAUGCUGGGAGAAGGUGGAGGUCUCGUCCAAUCACCAUCGAGCAAACAAGCUGACCGACAAGAACCCCAAAACCUACUGGGAGUCCAACGGCUGCACCGGAUCGCACUUCAUCAACAUCCACAUGCACAAGGGCGUGGUCAUCAGACAACUCGCCAUUCUGGUGGCCAGCGAGGACUCCAGCUACAUGCCGGCCCGGAUCCUGGUUCUGGGCGGAGACGACCCGGCCAACAUCAACACGGAGCUCAACACGGUGAACGUGGCCGCCUCGGCCAGCCGUGUGGUUCUGCUGGAGAACAUGACCCGGUUCUGGUCCAUCGUCCAGAUCAGGAUCAAGCGAUGCCAGCAGGGCGGCAUCGACACUCGGGUCCACGGCUUCGAGGUUCUGGGUCCAAAGCCCACCUUCUGGCCCGUGUUCAAGGAGCAGCUGUGCCGGCGCACCUACCUGUUCUACAGCACCAAGGCCCACACCUGGUGCCAGGAGGUGGCCGAGGACAAGACUCAGCUGCUGCAGCUCUUCAACAAGCUCAACAGCGCCCUCAGACACGAGCAGAUGUUCGCCGACCGCUUCCUGCCGGACGCCGAGGCCGCCGAGGCGCUGGGCCGCACCUGCUGGGAGGCGCUGAUCAGCCCCAUCGUCCACAGCAUCACGCUGUCAGGAGCGUCGCUCAGCAGCCCGCUGUCAUGGCUGCUCAGCGAGUACCUGGACAACGCCGAGUCAGCACGCCGCUACAAGAGCCGCGCCGCCAUCUUUAACUCCAGAGUCAGGCGCCUCACACACCUGCUGGUCCAUGUGGACACCAGCGCCGCUGACGGCGAGGAGCUGAAGCCCCCCGUGAAAUCCAAAGGUCUGAACAGGAGCAAAGAGCUGAAGAAUGGUAAGGAGGGUAAGAACAAAGACAGCCCUGCAGCCUCCUCCUCCUGCACCUCCUCCUCUCCCACGCCCAGGGUGAGGAGCAGCAGCAGCAGCAUCGCAGGCAUCGCCCUCUGUUGGCAGGGAGUGGUGCAGCAGCAGGUCAGGCGCUUCCUGGAGGCCAGCUGCAGUCUGCCCGACUUCGUGGAGCGUUAUCGGACUCUCUACCUGCGGCUGAAGAACGCCAUGGAGGAGCUUUUUGGCCAGCAGACCGCCUUCGUCCUGGCUCUGCGGCACGGGUUCUCCGCUGCGCUGCUGCAGCUCUCCAUCCUCAGAGCCAUGCAUGUCUGUGAGCGCUUCGCUCAGUACAUCGAUCAGAAGAUCCAGGCCAGCGGGUCGCCCUCUGGGGGGGCAGAGACUCUGGAGCAGCUGCAGCAGUUUCUGGAGCCCAUGCUCUUCCUGUCGGGCCUGGAGCUCGCCAACACCUUUGAGCACUUCUACAGGUACUACCUCGGGGACCGGCUGCUUGCUCAGGGCAACGUGUGGCUGGAGAGCGCUGUGAUUGGUCAGAUCGGCAGCUGCUUCCCGAGCCGCUUCCCUCAGCAGAUGCUGAAGAACCUGAGCGAGUCAGCCGAGCUGCAGCAGGAGUUCCACCUUUACCGUCUGCAGCAGCUGGACCGACACCUGCAGGAGCAGGACCAGAUAAUGGAAGACUGGAUGGAGGCAGAGGAGGAAGCUGAUGUCCAGGUUCUGGUUCUGUCUCCGCGAUGCUGGACUGUGUCUUCGGUCUGCUUCCUAGAUGAACCAGUUAAACAUUUUCCUGCUGAGCUCUGCUCCUACCUGAACCACUUUACCCAGUUCUACACCCACAGCCAGUCCAUGUACAGCCUGAGUCACUCCAAGCCCCGGCGGCUGCAGUGGACCUGGCUCGGUCACGCCGAGCUGCAGUUCGGCAGCUGGACGCUGCACGUGUCCACGCUGCAGAUGUUCAUCCUGCUGCAGUUCAACAGUCAGGAGGAGGUGGCGGUUGAAGCUCUGCUGCAGGAGAGCGGCCUGUCUGCCGCCGUCCUGGUGCAUGCUCUGCAGCCGCUCAUCAGUGAGGGAGGACCGCUGACCUGCAGCCCCGGGGACGAUCUUAGCAGAGGUGUUCUGCAGCUGAACCAGCAGGCGGUGUCCCGCAGUCAGCAGGGCGCGGCGGCGGCGCUGCGGCUGCUGCCUAAGCAGACGUACCUGAAUGUGGACGAGGACGCUGUGGGGACGCUGGAGAGGAAGAGGAACUUCGUCUACUGUCUGAUUGUGCACAUCAUGAAGCAGGAGAAGGAGAUGCACAUCGACAACCUGGUCUUUAAGGUCAUGGACUCGUGUCAGAAGCAGGAAGCGUCUCGCUCUCCAGGCGGCGGCCGUUUCGGCUGCAGCACCGGCGACGUGCUCUCCUGCAUCAUGCACGUCAUCAACCGAGGCUGCGUCCGCCGCAACGACGACAAUCCGCACAUUGUGGAGUUCGUCCCCGAGGACCCGUCCACGCCACAGAAAGGCCACGCCCAGUUCUCCUUCAGCCGCUCCGACUCCGGGAAGGACGCCGCCGCCAUGGACAGCAAGGCUGACAUCAGUUUGGUACCGGCACCACGGCAGUUCGAGGACUGCGUUCUGGACUCGGUUCUGUUUUCGAUGGGCCGGACGAUGACGCAGGAGGAGGUCCGUCAGCUGAUGCAGCGGACGGUGCAGCAGGUUUCAGCCACUCUUAGUCUAGACUUGGACCGGGCCGAACAUCUCCUGAUCCACUGCAAGUGGAACGUGGACCUGCUGGUUCAGCGCUACACCGACGACGCCGACACUCUCAUCAUGGCCGCCGGGCUCAGGUGCAAGAACCCCCAGCCGCCGCCGAGCCCCGCCUCCACCUGCCCCGUGUGCCUGGGCCCCAGGACGGGCGGCACGGAGCCCGUCCCGACGCUGGGCUGCAUGCACUACUGCUGCCGGUCGUGCUGGCAGGAGUACCUGACGGCCCGCAUCGAGCAGAACCUGGUCAUGAACUGCACCUGUCCGGUCACAGACUGCCAGGCUCAGCCCACCUCCCAGUUCUUCCUCAGCAUCCUCACCGACAAGGACACCGUCGCCAAGUAUGAGAGCGCCUUGCUCAGAGGCUACGUGGAGUGCUGCUCCAACCUGACGUGGUGCACCAACCCUCAGGGCUGUGACCAGAUCCUCUGCAAGGAGAACAUGGGCAGCAUGGGGACCUGCUCCAAGUGCUGCUGGUCGUCCUGCUUCAGCUGCAACUUCCCUGAGGCUCAUUACCCGGCCAGCUGCAGCCACAUGUCUCAGUGGAUGGACGAUGGAGGCUUCUAUGAAGGGAUGAGCAUGGAGGCUCAGAGCAAACAUCUGGCCAAGCUGAUCUCCAAGCGCUGCCCUAGCUGCCAGGCUCAGAUCGAGAAGAACGAGGGCUGCCUACACAUGACCUGUGCCAAAUGCAACCACGGUUUCUGCUGGCGCUGCCUGAAACCAUGGAAACCAACACACAAAGACUACUACAACUGCUCCGCCAUGGUGAGUAAAGCUGCUCGGCAGGAGAAGAAGUUCCAGGACUACAAUGAGAGGUGCACCUUCCAUCAUCAGGCCAAGGACUUUGCUGCCAACCUGGAGAACAAAGUGUCGUCCAUCAACGAGGCGCUGCAGAUGAAGUCGCUGACCUUCGUCAUCGACGCCUGUAAAGUCCUGGCUCAGGCCAGAAAGGUGCUGGCCUACUCCUGCGUCUACAGCUACUACAACCAGGAGACCGAGAAGAUGGACGUGAUGGAGCAGCAGACGGAGGCUCUGGACCUCCACACCAAUGCCCUGCAGAUCCUGCUGGAGGAGACUCUGCUGCAGUGCACCGACCUGGCCUCCUGUGUCCGCCUGUUAAAGCCAGAACAUCUGAACACGGGCCUGGAGCUGAUCCGCCGCAUCCAGGAGCGCCUGCUGGCCAUCCUCCAACACUCCACCCAGGACUUCAGGGUCGGGUAUCAGUCCAAAAGCAGCCAGGAACCAGAGUCGACCCAGGCAUCCAGCCUGUCCAACAACAAGGACACCAGCAAAGUGUCCAAGACCAAUCGAGGGUCGGACUCUGGAGACUCGGACAACAACACCUAUAAUGGUGAGGAAGGCGGCGAGGAGGCGGAGGACGAUGAUGACGAGUAUGAUGAAGAGUACGUGCCUGAGUGGCACGAAGACUACGAUGAAGAUGACAUCGAUGAGGACGACUUUUUUUCUGACGACGACGAGUCUGAGAACCUGGAGAGGGACUUCAGCUCCUUCGACUGAGGCGGUCAGAACUGAAAGACGUCUCAGAGAUGGAGGACGGCGAGGAUGAAGCCCCGCCCCCUCUUCAUUGCCAUGUGACGUCACCUGAGGACGUCGGGCAUGAUGGGAAACGAUCCAGCCGUCCUCUGUCAUCUGAAGCCCCCCUCCCCGCCAGCGCUCUACUUGCUUCACUUUCUGAUUCUUUUCUCUUUAGGCCAAAGUACGGGACAGGACGAGGGACAAGCCCGGUUCUGUGUUGAGUCAGUUUGGACCUGCA